AUGCCUCCCCCCAAGACCCCUUUCCACAUCGAUGCUCUCCUCGCCGAACCCCCACGGCCCGGCCACGCAGCCCCCGGCCCGCCGCCUCCCAUCCCUCUCCCCAUGCCGGGGCCGGGAGCCUGGAGCUGGGGCUGCCGCUGGGGAGGAGGUCUGGAGUUGUCUCACUGCACAGGGGCCGACCCGCUGGGCCCUGCUGUGCCAUGGAGGUCCGGAGGGCCCUGCAAAAUGAAGAGGGUGCGCACAGUCUUCAAACCAGAGCAGCUGGAGCGGCUGGAGCAAGAGUUCCUCAAGCAGCAGUACAUGGUGGGCACAGAGCGAGUGGACCUGGCUGCGACGCUGCGUCUCACAGAGACCCAGGUGAAAGUCUGGUUCCAGAACCGGAGGAUCAAAUGGAGGAAGCAGAGCAUGGAACAGAAGAAAGCAAAGUUGUCACAGUUUGGGGUGAUGCAGCCUGCCUCUGCUGGCCCCACAGAUGUCAAGGAGCACGAGGAGGACACAGUGGACGUUGAGCUUUGAGGAGCUGAUGGGAUGCAGCUGCCACUGUUUUUUUUGCAGCCAUGCCUGCCUGAAGGAGGUACUGGGGAUGCAGGCACGUCUGCGCUCGCUUGGUCCAAGCUAGACUCAAAAGUUCUUGCUCUGAGAGUUUUGAGCUACAGAACUAAACUGUGGGAAGAAGCAUCCAAGUGUAGAGACGCCCUGUUUGGUAACCAGUGCUGUAACGCUUGAUGGUUCCAUCGCCGUGGCAAAGCAUGUGAUUUCAUUUGUUAUCACAGUGCAAGGAAGCAGUUUCCAAUAGAGAGGCUGGGGUGACAGUCAGUCCAUGUCUCUGACAGCUGUGAGCACGGCAGCAUCUGAACACGGGGUCACUCCUGUUGCAGGUACUGUGUGCUCCUAUGAGGGAGAGCUGUGUUGGGAGGAGGUUUGGCUCUGAUUGUUUCUCCUGGUCAUCUUGAUUCCUAUGUUGGAUGCUGAGAUCACAACAAGAACAAAAAAAAAAAGUGGAAACUGAAAAGUCCUUUACUCCCGCCUGCAUCAUUUUUAUCAUUAUUGUAUUUAUUUUCAUGUAUUAUUCAUGC